AUGGAGCUCCUCCACCACUUCACCACCUCGACGUGUCUUACCAUUUCCACGGACCCCAUUAUCCGCAACUUCAUGCGGGUAAACUUGCCUCCUAUUGGCUUCUCACACCCUUAUGUCCUUUACGGCACGCUGGCUCUGGCCGCACUUCAUCUAGCCCGGUUCAGGCCAGAGCUGAAGGAAUAUUACAUUGCGCAGGCAGAGACUCGCCACGCGACUGCUGCUUCCAUGGCCACGACUAUCCUGUCCGAUAUCAGCUCCAGCUCCGCGGAUCGGGGGCCUAUUUUUCUUUUCAGUACCUUGACAUCUUAUAUCGCCUUUGCAAGCCCCAAGGAACCUAGUCAUCUCAUCUCCUCCACGCACGCGGCCAUGCCCAAUUGGCUUUCUCUGUUUCGCGGCAUACGUACUGUGAUUGAGCUCCAAGAUAUUGGUACAGACUUUCAAUCACUUUCCUGCCUGUUUCAGGCAGGCCAGGAAGUCAAGGAAAUAUGGGAUUCGCAAAUCGUAGAACACGGUGCCUUGAAAGAACUCGAACACUCCAUCAAAACGAGUACCACAAAAGACGAACAGACCAUGCUGCUGCUAAAUGAAGCCAUUGACGGCCUUAAGCGCGCCUUUUCCCUCUUUUAUGGUCGAGAACUUAGCAGCGACAAAAAAGCCAGUGUUGCAUUCAUUUGGAUGUAUAGGAUACCGGAAGGUUUCCUGGCCUUACUCCGUCAACGAGACACUGAGGCACUGUGUGUCUUGGCCUUCUUCUGUGUGCUGCUUAAUAAGUUGGAACACAAUUGGUGGAUCGAUGGUUGGGCGGUACACUUGAUGGAACGUAUAUAUGCUGCUAUUGAUGAUUUGCACAGGCUAUGGAUACGAUGGCCCAUUGAGGAACUCGGCUGGAUACCAAGACCCCUGAUGAGCUCCCAAGUAGCGACACCGACAUGA